AUGCCUUGUUCAACGCUGGAAAUGAGUAUGGGCUACAUCAUGGUGAUGAUCUCACAGAUACUCGCAAGUAUAUUGACAGCAAUCAUCUCCGUUUAUGUUAUAAUAAAAUGUAGCCGUUUAUUUUUUCACAUCAAUUGCAAGAUACUCAUAUACUUCAUGUUAUGGCUAUAUUUUGCACAUUCACUUGCCUAUGGUGGUCCACAGGUCAGUCAACUUAAAAGGCAUACCAGCUAUUUUAUUUUUUAA